AUGUCCACUAGGAGGGUGUACUUCUUCGGCGAGACGCCAGAGAACCAGCCGGCGAAUUCGGAGCUCUGCAGGAAGGUCCUUGGAGGCAAGGGGAUUUCUCUUGCAGCCAUGAUUAAGCUCGGCAUGCCGGUUCCUCUUGGGUUCACCAUCACGUGCCAGACCUGCGUAGAGUACCAGAAGACAGCCUCCUGGCCCGAGGGUUUGAAGGAGGAGGUGGCCAGUAACCUCAAGCUCCUUGAGGAAAAGAUGGGGAAGACUUUCGGGGACAACACAAACCCUCUUCUCGUCUCGGUUCGCUCUGGAGCCGCGGUCUCCAUGCCUGGCAUGAUGGACACGAUCCUCAACCUUGGUCUCAACGAUGAGUCUGUGAAGGGUCUUGCUGCAGUGACAGGUAACGCCCGCUUUGCGUACGACUCCUACCGCCGCUUCAUGCAGAUGUUCGGCGAUGUCUGCCUGGGGAUUGACCACGACAAGUUUGAGCACGCUCUUGACGCAGUCAAGACCAGGUAUGGCCGCAAGACGGAUCCUGAGCUCACAGCCGAUGAACUUGAGGAGGUGUGCGAGGCUUACAGGAAGAUCUGUGUCGCAGCCACAGGAAAGACAUUCCCACAGUGUCCGCAUGAGCAGCUGGAGCUAGCCAUCAACGCUGUUUUCAGGAGCUGGACAAACCCUCGCGCGCAGGCGUACAGAACUCUCAACAAGCUCGACCACAACAUGGGCACCGCCGUCAACGUUCAGUCGAUGGUCUUUGGAAACACAGGCGAUGACUCUGGCACCGGUGUUGGCUUCACACGCUGUCCCAAGACCGGAGAGAAGUUCAGCUAUCUCUACGGCGAAUUUCUACAGAAUGCACAGGGAGAGGACGUUGUUGCAGGAAUCCGCACCCCCGUCAACCUCAAGGAGAUGCCGACCAUCAACGCGUCCUGGAAGGCGUGCUAUGAUGAGCUUUCCUUGAUCUACGCCAAGUUGGAGGGCUAUUACAACGACAUGGUUGACCUUGAGUUCACUGUCGAGAACGGAAAGCUCUGGAUGCUUCAGGCUCGCGCCGGAAAGCGUACGGGAUUCGCGAUGGUCCGCAUCGCCAUCGACAUGUGCAAGGAGGGGAUGCUCACGGAAGAAGAGGCGCUGCUCAGGAUCGAUGCCAACAAGAUCAACGAGUUCCUCUUCAAGCGCUUUGAUCCGAGCGUCAAACCAGUCGUCCUCGGAAAGGGCAUCCCUGCUUCUCCUGGCGCUGCUGUCGGUGUAAUUUGCUUCUGUCCAAUGCGCACGUGUGAGCUCGCCGAGCAAGGUAAAAAGGUUAUCCUCACCCGUAUUGAGACAUCCCCAGAGGACAUCCUUGGAAUGGACCGCGCAGUCGGCAUUCUCACUGCGCGCGGUGGCCAGACAUCUCAUGCCGCCGUUGUGGCGCGUGGCAUGGGCAAGUGCUGCGUUGCGGGGGCUGAUUGCUGCCAGAUCAACUAUGCCACCAAGACGUUGGUGAUUGGGGACAGGAAAUUCAAGGAGGGCGACUUCAUCUCCAUCAAUGGAACGACUGGUGAGAUUUACAAUGGCGCCGUUCAGACCAUUGAACCAGGCAUUACUGACGACCUCCAGACGAUCAUGGACUGGUCUGACAAGUAUCGUGUUCUGAAAAUCCGCACCAACGCGGACACGCCCCACGACGCUGCUGUGGCCCGUAAGUUUGGCGCAGAGGGCAUCGGGCUUUGCAGGACAGAGCACAUGUUCUUCGCGGCCGACCGCAUCAUGGCAAUGCGCGAGAUGAUCUUGUCUGAUGACGAGGGCGCGCGAAGAACAGCCCUGAACAAGCUCUUGCCAUUCCAGCGCGAAGAUUUCAUAGGCAUUUUCAAGGCCAUGGACGGCAAGGGCGUUAAUAUCCGUUUGCUGGAUCCUCCUCUCCACGAGUUUCUGCCACACACCAGAGACCUCCAGAAGAAGCUGGCUGAGGACAUGAACAAGAAGCACCGCCACAUCCACGAGAGGGUGGAGGAUCUUCAUGAGGUGAACCCCAUGCUUGGGUUCCGCGGCGUCCGGCUUGGCAUUGUGUACCCAGAGAUCUCAGAGAUGCAGGUCCGCGCCAUUCUUGAGGCCGCGUGCAUAGUCUCGCGUGAGGGCGUCACUGUUAAACCAGAGAUCAUGAUCCCUGUUCUUUUCUCUGAAAACGAGAUGGAGAUCAUGCAUGCUCUUGUUAAUAGGGUGGCAGCUAGCGUUUUCAAGGAGCACGGCACGACUGUUGACUAUGAGGUGGGGACCAUGAUAGAGUUGCCGCGCGCCUGUGUCAUGGCUGACAAGAUUGCUCAGACAGCUCAGUACUUCUCGUUUGGAACCAACGAUCUUACACAGACGACAUUCGGUAUCUCCCGUGACGAUGCUGGAAAGUUCAUCCCCAAGUAUAUCGACAGGGGGAUCUUCAAGGUUGAUCCGUUUGUCACCCUCGACCAGCAGGGUGUGGGUGCUCUGAUGAAGAUGGCUAUCGAGGGCGGCCGCAGUACGCGCACUGACAUGAAGAUAGGCAUUUGCGGCGAGCAGACGGAUCCCGCGUCCAUCCUGUUCCUGCACAAGAUUGGCCUGAACUAUGUCUCCUGCUCCCCGUACAGAGUUCCCGUGGCUCGUGUGGCCGCUGCCAUCGCAGCUAUCAAGGCUCGCACUAACCAGUGA